UCAAUGGAGGAAAUACAAAGAUCAAUAACCCUCGAUCCUAGGCCAGGGUUUGUGGUUAAGACCAAGAUACUAGAAUCACGAGAACCCUUCAAGUACGGGGUUUCUACAAAAGUAUUUAUCAAUGUUUGUCACGAUAACCAGGUGCCACGACCUGCCAUUGCAUUUGAUCCUAGUAUAGUUUUCCCCUUAAUCAUUAAGAAUGAAUGGGAGAUACCAUUGAUCGUGUCGAAUGAGAAGCAAGACCGUGAUAAGAAGGGACAGCCGAGUUUUGUCUAUGACUGUUGCAUAAAUGAAAAGAGUUUCCAGUGGUGUCAAACUAACGUUGAUUUGAGAUCAAUCUUGAUUGAAUGGUGCAUUGAGGCAGUUGAAAUGAUGUACGAGUUGACAUUGGAGCGCGAGUCCAGUAUACCCAAGAUGCUAAGCAAGGGAGAGUUAUCCAAAACCCAGAUUAAACAAAGCGAAUUGACCGAAGGUGGAUUACAAAAAAAAUUGCAGCAAUUGAAAGCAAAUGAAACCUUGGGAUUGAUAGAAGAACUCAAGGACGAAAACUCAAACGAGGAAGACCCUGGCCAAUUGCCAGACUUGAUGAAUAUCAAUAACAAUGGUCAAAACAAACCUUUGAUUGAAGAGAUC